GCAUCCGGGGCCUCGUUCCGGCCUUGGGUGGGUGGGGCAUGGUGUCGCUUAGCAGCCGCCGCCGCGUUAUCUUGCUCGCGGCCAGUUGGCGGGACCUAAAGUCCUCGUGGGACGGCGAAAAGGAGCCACCACGGGCCGCGGCGGGGCCCGUCGUGGUGGGUGCGGUGGAUAAGGAACUAUACCUGGUUGCCAAGCUUGGUCUAGGUAGUGGAGCACAGUAAAAGAAUUCAAGAUGUCACCUAAUAUAAACUGGAAAGAAAUAAUAAAAAUUGACCCAGAUGACCUGCCUCGUCAAGAAGAACUGGCAGAUAAUUUAUUGAUUUCCUUAUCCAAGGUGGAAGUAAAUGACCUAAAAAAUGAAAAUCAAGAAAAUGUGAUACAUCUUUUCAGAAUUACUCAGUCAUUAAUGAAGAUGAAAGCUCAAGAAGUAGAGUUAGCUUUGGAAGAAGUUGAAAAAGCUGGAGAAGAACAAGCAAAAUUUGAAAAUCAAUUAAAAACAAAAGUAAUGAAACUGGAAAAUGAACUGGAAAUGGCUCAGCAGUCUGCAGGUGGACGGGACACUCGAUUUUUACGUGAUGAAAUUCGCCAACUUGAAAAACAAUUGGAACAAAAAGAUAGGGAAUUGGAGGACAUGGAAAAGGAACUGGAAAAAGAGAAGAAAGUUAAUGAACAAUUGGCUCUUCGAAAUGAGGAGGCAGAAAACGAAAACAGCAAAUUAAGAAGAGAGAACAAACGUCUAAAGAAAAAGAAUGAACAGCUUCGUCAGGAUAUUAUUGACUACCAGAAACAAAUAGAUUCACAAAAAGAAUCACUUUUAUCAAGAAGAGGAGAAGACAGUGACUAUCGAUCACAGUUGUCUAAAAAGAACUAUGAACUUGUCCAAUAUCUGGAUGAAAUUCAGACUUUAACAGAAGCUAAUGAGAAAAUUGAAGUUCAGAAUCAAGAAAUGAGAAAAAACCUAGAAGAGUCUGUACAGGAAAUGGAAAAGAUGACCGAUGAAUAUAACAGAAUGAAAGCUAUUGUUCAUCAGACUGAUAAUAUAAUGGACCAGUUAAAAAAAGAAAAUGAUCAUUAUAGACUUCAAGUGAAGGAACUUACAGAUCUUCUGAAAGCAAAAAAUGAAGAAGAUGAUCCAAUCAUGGUAGCUGUCAAUGCAAAAGUAGAAGAAUGGAAGUUAAUAUUGUCUUCUAAAGAUGAUGAAAUAAUUGAAUAUCAGCAAAUGUUACAUAAUCUGAAGGAAAAACUUAAAAAUGCCCAGCUUGAUGCUGAUAAAAGUAAUAUUAUGGCUCUACAACAGGGUAUACAGGACCGAGAUAGUCAAAUUAAGAUGCUCACUGAACAAGUAGAACAAUAUACAAAAGAAAUGGAGAAAAAUACUUUUAUUAUUGAAGAUUUGAGAAAUGAGCUUCAAAGAAACAAAGGUGCUUCAUCCCUUUCUCAACAGAAUCAUUUUAUGAAAAUUCAGUCAAAAGUACAAAUUUUAGAGGAGAAAACUAAAGAGGCUGAGAGAAUAGCUGAACUGGCUGAGGCUGAUGCUAGGGAAAAGGAUAAAGAAUUAGUUGAGACUCUGAAACGGUUAAAAGAUUAUGAAUCGGGAGUAUAUGGUUUAGAAGAUGCUGUUGUUGAAAUAAAGAAUUGUAAAAACCAAAUUAAACUAAGAGAUAGAGAGAUUGAAGAAUUGACAAAGGAAAUCAAUAAACUUGAGUUGAAGAUCAAUGAUUUCCUUGAUGAAAAUGAGGAGCUUAGAGAGCGUGUGGGUCUUGAACCAAAGACAAUGAUUGAUUUAACUGAAUUUAGAAAUAGUAAACGAUUAAAACAGCAGCAGUACAGAGCUGAAAACCAGAUUCUUUUGAAAGAGAUUGAAAGUUUAGAGGAAGAGCGACUCAAUCUGAAAAAAAAAAUUCGUCAGAUGGCUCAAGAAAGAGGAAAAAGAAGUGCAAUUUCAGAAUUAACCAUUGAGGACCUGAACCAAACUGAAGACCUUUCUCAAGGAGAUAGCAUAGGGGAAGGAAAACUGAAUUUUGUAAGCCUCAAAAAUAUGAGUGAAACACAGUCAAAGAAUGAAUUUCUUUCAAGAGAACUAAUUGAAAAGGAAAGAGAUUUAGAAAGAAGUAAGACUAUAAUAAAUAAAUUUCAGAAUAAAUUGAAAGAAUUAGCUGAAGAAAAUAAGCAACUUGAAGAAGGUAUGAAGGAAAUAUUGCAAGCUAUUAAGGAAAUGCAGAAGGAUCCUGACAUUAAAGGAAGAGAAACAUCUCUAAUUAUCCCCAGUCUUGAAAGACUAGUAAAUGCUAUAGAAUCAAAGAGUGCAGAAGGAAUCUUUGAUGCCAGUCUGCAUUUGAAAGCCCAAGUUGAUCAGCUUACUGGAAGAAAUGAAGAAUUAAGACAGGAGCUCAAGGAAUCUCGGAAGGAGGCUAUAAAUUAUUCGCAGCAAUUAGCAAAAGCAAAUUUAAAGAUAGAUCAUCUUGAGAAAGAAAUCAAUCUUCUACGACAAUCAGAAGGAUCAAAUGUUGUUUUUAAAGGAGUAGAUUUACCUGAAGGGAUAGCACCAUCUAGUGCCAAUAUCAUUAAUUGUCAGAAUGAAUAUUUAAUACAUCUUCUUCAGGAACUAGAAAUUAAAGAAAAAAAGUUGAAGAAUUUAGAGGAAUCUCUUGAAGACUAUAACAGAAAAUUUGCAGUACUUCGUCAUCAGCAAAGUCUAAUAUAUAAAGAAUAUUUAAGUGAAAAGGAGACCUGGAAAACAGAAUCUGAAACAAUCAAAGAGGAAAAGAAAAAGCUUGAGGAUCAAAUCCAACAAGAUGCUAUAAAAGUAAAAGAAUAUAAUAAUUUGCUCAAUGCUCUUCAGAUGGAUUCAGAUGAAAUGAGAAAAACACUUUCAGAAAAUAGCAGAAGAAUCACUGUUUUGCAAGUGAAUGAAAAGUCACUUAUAAGGAGAUAUACAACUUUAGUAGAAAUGGAACGACAGCUUAGAAAGGAAAAUGGGAAACAAAAAAAUGACUUGAUGUCAAUGGAGGCUGAAGUUUGUGAAAAAAUUGGAUGUUUGCAGAGAUUUAAGGAAAUGGCCAUUUUUAAGAUUGCAGCUCUCCAAAAAAUUAUAGAUAAUAGUGUCUCAUUGUCUGAAUUAGACCUGGCCAAUAAACAAUACAAUGAACUGACUGCAAAGUACAGGGAUAUCUUGCAAAAAGAUAAUAUGCUUGUUCAAAGAACAAGUAACUUGGAAUACCUAGAGUGUGAAAAUGUAUCCUUAAAAGAACAAAUGGAGUCUAUAAAUAAAGAACUGGAGAUUACCAAGGAAAAACUUCACACUGUUGAACAAGCCUGGGAACAAGAGACUAAAUUAGGAAAUGAAUCUAACAUGGAUAAGGCAAAGAAGUCAAUAACCAACAGUGACAUUGUUUCUAUUUCAAAAAAAAUCACUAUGUUGGAAAUGAAGGAAUUAAAUGAAAGGCAGCGGGCUGAACAUUGUCAAAAAAUGUAUGAACACAUAAGGACUUCAUUAAAGCAAAUGGAAGAACGAAAUUUUGAAUUGGAAACCAAAUUUGCUGAGCUUACCAAAAUCAACUUGGAUGCACAGAAGGUGGAACAGAUGCUAAGAGAUGAGUUAGCUGAUAGUGUGAGCAAGGCAGUAAGUGAUGCUGAUAGGAAACGGAUUCUAGAAUUAGAAAAGAAAGAAAUGGAGCUAAAAGUUGAAGUGUCAAAACUGAGAGAAAUUUCUGAUAUUGCUAAAAGACAAGUUGAAAUCUUAAAUGCUCAACAACAGUCCAGGGAAAAAGAAGUAGAAUCACUCAGAACACAGCUGGUAGAGUAUCAGGCUCAAUCUGAUGAAAAGGCACUAAUUGCUAAGUUACACCAACAUCUUGUCUCUCUUCAAAUUAGUGAAGCCACUGCUCUUGGUAAGUUGGAGUCAGUUACAUCUAAACUACAGAAGAUGGAAGCCUAUAAUUUACGCUUAGAGCAGAAACUGGAUGAAAAAGAACAGACUCUCUAUUAUGCUCGUUUGGAGGGGAGAAACAGAGCAAAACAUCUGCGCCAAACAAUUCAGUCUCUACGCAGGCAAUUUAGUGGAGCUUUACCCUUGGCGCAACAGGAAAAGUUCUCUAAAACAAUGAUCCAGCUUCAAAAUGACAAACUGAAGAUAAUGGAAGAAAUGAAAAAUUCUCAGCAAGAACAUAGAAAUAUGGAGAAUAAAGCAUUGGAGAUGGAAUUAAAGUUACGGGGCCUAGAAGAGUUAAUAAGCACUUUAAAAGAUGCCAGGGGAGCCCAAAAGGUAAUCAAUUGGCAUAUGAAAAUAGAAGAACAUCGUCUUCAAGAGCUUAAACUAAAUCGAGAAUUAGUCAAAGAUAAAGAAGAAAUAAAAUACUUGAAUAAUAUAAUAUCUGAAUAUGAGCAUACAAUCAGCAGUCUGGAGGAAGAAAUUGUUCAGCAGAACAAGUUUCAUGAAGAAAGACAGAUGGCCUGGGAUCAAAGAGAAGUUGAGCUGGAACGUCAACUAGAUAUUUUUGACCGUCAGCAAAAUGAAAUCCUAAAUGCAGCACAAAAGUUUGAAGAAGCUACAGGAUCAAUGCCAGACCCUAGUUUGCCUCUUCCAAAUCAACUUGAGAUUGCUCUAAGAAAACUUAAGGAGAAUAUUCGAAUAAUCCUAGAAACACAGGCAACUUGCAAAUCACUGGAAGAGAAGCUAAAAGAAAAAGAAUCUGCUUUACAAUUAGCAGAGCAAAAUAUUCUGUCAAGAGACAAAGUAAUCAAUGAAUUGAGACUCCGACUGCCUGCCACUGCAGAACGAGAAAAACUUUUGUCUGAGCUAGGCAAAAAAGACAUGGAACCAAAAUCACAUUAUACGAUGAAAAUUGCUCAUCAAACCAUUGCAAACAUGCAAGCAAGGUUAAAUCAAAAGGAAGAAGUAUUAAAGAAAUAUCAACAUCUUCUAGAAAAAGCCAGAGAGGAGCAAAGAGAAAUUGUUAAGAAGCAUGAGGAAGACCUUCAUAUUCUUCAUCAUAAAUUAGAACUACAAGCUGAUAGUUCACUAAGUAAAUUCAAGCAAACAGCAUGGGAUUUAAUAAAACAAUCUCCUACUCCAGUUCCUACCAAUAAGCAUUUUAUUCGUCUGGCUGAGAUGGAACAGACAGUAGCAGAACAAGAUGACUCUCUCUCCUCACUUUUGAUGAAACUAAAGAAAGUAUCACAAGAUUUAGAGAGACAAAAAGAAAUCACUGAUUUAAAAAUCAAAGAAUUUGAAAAUGUCAAAUUACGGCUCCAAGAAAACCAUGCAGUUGAAGUGAAAAAAUUGAAAGCAGAAGUAGAGGAUUUAAGGUGUCUUCUGGCCCAGUCACAAAAAGAGUUGCAGAGUUUAAAGUCUGAACUUGAGGCUCAAAAAGAAGCAAAUUCAAGAGCUCCAACAACUACAAUGAAAAAUCUAGUAGAACGGCUAAAGAGUCAAUUAGCCUUGAAAGAAAAACAGCAAAAAGCACUUAGUCGAGCUCUUUUGGAACUCAGGGCAGAAAUGACAGCAGCAGCUGAAGAACGUAUUAUUUCUGUAACUUCUCAGAAAGAAGCAAAUCUUAAUGUUCAACAGAUUGUUGAUCGACAUACAAGAGAGCUAAAGUCACAAAUUGAAGAUUUAAAUGAAAACCUUUUAAAAUUAAAGGAAGCUCUUAAAACAAGUAAAAGCAGAGAAAACUCACUAAGUGAUAAUUUGAAUAUUUUAAAUAAUGAACUGCAAAAACACCAAAAAGCCUAUAAUAAAAUACUUAGAGAGAAAGAUAGAAUUGAUCAAGAAAAUGAUGAACUUAAAAGGCAAAUUAAAAGACUAACCAGUGGAUUACAGAGCAAACCUCUGAUGGACAAUAAACAAAGUUUAAUUGAAGAACUUCAAAAGAAAGUUAAAAAAUUGGAAAGCCAACUAGAAAGAAGAGUAGAUGAGGUGGAUUUAAAACCUGUGAAAGAAAAGAGUGCUAGAGAAGAAUUAAUUCGGUGGGAAGAAGGCAAAAAAUGGCAAACCAAAAUAGAAGGAAUUCGAAACAAGUUAAAAGAGAAGGAGAGAGAAGUCUAUACCAUCACCAAACAGCUGAAUACUUUGAAGGAUCUUUUUGCCAAAGCUGAUAAAGAGAAACUUACUUUGCAGAAGAAACUAAAAACAACUGGCAUGACUGUUGAUCAAGUUAUGGGAGUGCGAGCUUUGGAAUCAGAAAAAGAGUUGGAAGAAUUAAAGAAGAGAAAUCUUGAUUUAGAAAAUGACAUAUUAUAUAUGAGGACCCAUCAAGCUCUUCCUCGAGAUUCUGUUGUAGAAGACUUACGUUUACAAAAUAAAUACCUUCAAGAAAAACUUCAUGCUUUAGAACAACAACUUUCAAAGCAAGAAUAUUCUAAGCCUUCAAAUCUGGUAUGUGACACAACUAUGUAUUCUACCCUUAGUAGUGUUAAUAAAUACAGACGUAAUACUUUUCACAAAAGAACACUUUGUUCAGGAACAAGGACAAAAAUAAACUCUUAAGAUUUAAAAAUAGAGAAUAAAUUCCAGAAACAAUUACAUCAUCGUUAAUACCCUAUGGUGUAAAGAAACACAAAGUAAAAAUGUUGUAGUUCCUACUAAGUUAAAUCAGAAGCAGUAUCAAACAGAUCGGUCCAUUUAGGUCAACUAAUGAUAACCUGAAAGAUUUGACUCAAAUUUUGAGUCUGCAUCAGAUCCUAAAGUUGAGAAAGUUGAUCAAAAUAUUUUGAAAAUAGUAGGCAGGAACAUAAAAAUGAGAAAGAGAAUGAGAUAGGUCUAGGACCAUAAUAAUUCUAUAGUUGCUGAUACAGUGAAUCAUUGUGCUGUGGAUGGUGCACAUACAAAUCAUGAAACUGGUCUCAUCAAUUCAGCCAAGAAAUGAAUGUCCCUGGUAAAAUUUUCACAUUCCUUUAUUUCUUCGUUAGCUGAAUUUUCUUAGGCCAAUUCUAAAAAACAUAUAGUUCCAAUGGGAUAAAAUCUGUAGCAUUUGUUAAAACAAACAAACAAGCAAAAAAAAAAAACCCAGGAACUAUUAAUAAACUUUGCCUUAAGCCCUAAUGUUAACUGAUUAUUAACAAAAUUAGUGGUUUUGCAUUUCCUAAUUCAGUUUAGAACUUACUGAAUAGUAGUAGAAAGAAGGCACUCUAUAUGUGUUAGUAUUGCCUUAGAUAUUUCUAAUUCAGACAGCUGUUUGCAAGUAAAAGCUCACUACAGUGAAUAUCAGGAAUAUUUUGUUGCAGUGAUAUAUAGCAGGUUCACUUAGUGAUCUUUUUGCCAUGGAUGGUAAUAUACUUUUUUAAUAAUGAGAAAAGAGAGCUUUCAUGUGUUGUUUGUGUUGUUUUAGGCUCUGUACCUAAGUAUAUUUCUCAAAAUAUUUUGCAAAAUAUUGUUCAUAUUUUACAUAGGAGGCUUAAAGAAUAAGUAUCUUUAGUGACCCUGUAGAAACAGAAUCAGGCUUUAAAUUCAAUCUAACUCUAGUUUCUGAACUUUUGUUUAUAUACUACUUUGGGUCCAUUUAUAUUGAAAUACAGAAUUAAGACAAGCUUGUUUCCAGUUCAAAUAAUAUGUAGCCUUUUUUCUUUAUCCUUUCUACCUCUGAUGUUCCAGUCAUGCCUAACAUCAACUAAUAUUACACAUCUAGGAGAAAAUAGAUGAAAGUGAUUUAAUUCUUAUUUUAUUUCUUUAUCCAGGUUCGUAAUUUUUUUUCUUUAACUUCAUAAUUAAUGAGAAAAUUUGAGAUGCCUGUUAUGUAUUAUCUAAUUUCCAUCCACUAAGGAUUUGAUAUUAAGCAAUUUAUGACUUUUAGUGGGAUCAUUCUUCAACAAAACACGUGGGAAGUCCUAUGAAGUUCAUCAUACAAGAGAUCCAUUUAAAUUAUCAUGAAUAGAAAGUUUUAUUAGAAUUUAUUUUCCAAAGAUUAGGAGAAUAUGAUCUAAUAUCUUGUUUUAUUUUCUAAGGAUAGAAAGAAAAAGUGAUUCACAUUCACUUAUAGUAAUUGCAUUCAUAUUUUAGUGAGAAAUAUGUUUAGAAACUAUUCUCAUGUAAAAUCUUCAUCACAUAGAAUUAUUCUCUAUUAAUUAAAUUAUUCUCUAUUAAUUAAAUUAUUCUCUAUUAAUUAAUUAAAAUAUUUUUUAUUUAUCAAUCAGUGGUACUUAUAGGUGAUUUAGCAUUCAUAGAUUCACAUAGCUACCACAGACACAAGAGACAAAGAUAGGGAAACAGAACAACUUAGAGACAAAGAAUUAAAUAUUCCCAUGUCUGAAGUGAACUUAAAAGAUAUCUUCUCUAGUGCCUUUAUUCAUAAGAUUCAAAAACUUGAUAGUCUUGUAAUUGGUAGGAUUUACUUUAUGUUAAUUUAUCACACUGAAUUAGAAUAUAUGCCUGGGUAGUCUGAAUAAGUUAGAAUAUGUUACUGUGGUUUAUAGGCAUCUUCUUUUUCUUGCUAAUAUAUGCCUAUGCAUACUCAUUCCCUUAAUCUGGUGAACAUAUGUAGUCUUCCUGCCAGUGUUCUGCUAUAUGCCUCAUUAGAAUCAGACAUCUGUCCAAAAUUUCUUUACUUUUCCAUUUCCUGUAUUGUGAUUUCUUUGCUUUUACUGUGUUUUACCUUAGAAAAUACAUUUAUGGAAUUACUUUACUUUCUAACAAAAGUAACAAGUAUAAUGUAGAUUUCAAUAAUUAAAUCACUAUUAAUAGAACCAUGUAUAACAUGUAGAUUUAUUUAUAUAUUUUAAGAACUAUAAUGUCUAUGGAAUUAUUGACUUUAUUGAACCCAAUUGAAGCGUUUGAACCAAUAGAUGGAGAAAGUUUAAGGAAAAAGUACUAAAGCCAUGCUCUGCACUUUCACAAAAUUAUUUUAUAUGAUGCUGUAACAGUUCUAUGAAGUAGGAGGUAAUCAACCCAGUUUAUAGAAAGAAUAAUCAAGCACAGUUUUCUCUUUCAAAUACCUUACAGUUUAGCCUGAGAAAUAAAAUUGAACAUAAAUAAUAACCAAGGUAAAUUCUUGCCAAAAGAAAUGCAAAUGUAGUAUUAAUGCAUUUCCGAGAGGGAGUAAUUACCUCAAGGAAUACAGAAAUGCUUUCUAAAGAAGGAAGGAAUUGAGGCACUUCUUUUUUAGACUAGAGUGCAUAGUUUGGGCUGCCAUUACUGAAUAAACUAUAUUUGCCCACUGUAGGCAUAUAUUCCACAUCUGAGGAUUCAACCCACCAUGAAUUAGAAAUAUUCAGGAAAAAAUCGCAUAUGUACUGAAUAUAUACAGACCUUCCUUUUCAUGUCAUUAUUCCCUAAGCAAUAUAUUAUAAUUAACUAUUUACACUGUAUUAAGUAUUAUAAAUAAUCUAGAGGUGAUUUAACAUAUAUAGGAGGAUGUGUGUUAUAUGCAUAUGUGCCAUUUUAUUUAAGGGACUUGACCAUCCACAGACUUUAGUAUCCUUUGGGGGAAGGUGGGAUGGUCCUGAAAUUGAUCUCCAGGGGAGACUAAGGGAUAUCUGUACUACAGAUUCUGUGGCUCAAACAACAGAAAUUUAUGGUCUCACAAUUCUGGAAGAUCGAUGUUCAAAUAUCAAGGUGUGGGCAGGGUUGGUUCUUUGUGAAGUCUUUACAGGAAAGAUCUAUUCUAAGUCUUGGCUUGUAACUGGCCCUCUUCUCACUAUGUCCUCAGAUGCCCUUUCCUCUAUGCAUUGCUGGGUCCAAAUUCCCAAACUUCCCCUUUUGAUAAGGAUACCAGUCAUACUGGAUUAGGGUCUACCCUAGUUAUGGCAUUUUAAUGUAAUUACUUUUGCAAAGACCCUGUCUCCAAAUAGGUUGCAUUCUGAAGGUGCUAUGAGUUAAAAUUUAACAUACAAUUUGGGGGGUGGAGGGAUAUAAUAUUACUGUAUAACAAUUAUACAACCUUUAUUUUGCAGUAACAAAACCAGCAUAAACUAUUUAACUAUUAUGAGAGUAUGUAUGAAAACAUUAUACAUAUGAAGGUUUCUACUUUUAAAUAAAAGAAAACUAUAUUACUUUUAUCUGUAAGUUUUAUAUUCCAACUUAAUUAUCUUUUCUUUAGAGCUCUCCAAUUUUUUCACAUUCUCUUGAGAAAAAAUUUUCCUUUUGAUAUGGUAUUUUCUAAUUCAGUAUGUCUUAUCUGGCUCUAAUUUAUUAAACUUUAAAAAUUCCAAAUU